CUUUCAGAGUGAAAAUUGCAAUCCUUUCGGCAGAAGUUGCAAUCCUUUCAGCGGAAUUAAAAAAAAACCUUUCAACGGAAAUUGAAAACCUUUCAGCGGAAGUUGCAAACCUUUCGGCAGAAUUAAGAAAAAUUGAUAUAUUAAGUAUGUACAGAGACACAAUUUGUUGCUUUAAAGUUUUUAUUACAGAAAAAAUAAAAGAAGUUAAUAAAGAGAUGGAAAAUUGGACUAGAAUUAAAAAUACUCUAAAUGUUGAGCGAUACAAAAACCUUAAAGUAGUAACAAACCAACUAGAAAAUAUCUUAGAACCUGGAUUGACAUAUGAAGAGUUUAAUAGUUUGCUAGGACUGAAAAAUAUAAGCAAUUCUACGUUUUACAAAGAAUUCAAUUUGGAAAAUUUACCGGAAAUAAAAUCACAUCUCAAAAAUACACAGUUUCCGGAUGGUUGGGAACUCACAAAACAGGCGCUUACGAAAAUUAUGGACCCUCUUGAAGAGUGGUUAUUGUUGCAACAACUUCCUGAAGAAACAGUUACAAAAACAUAUAGCGAGUAUCUGGUCGAAAGAUCAAAAAGGUCUACCAAUAUUCCUCUUCCUGAAUUCAGAAGACCAAAUGAGGGAGUUGAUAAAUCAAAAUGGAAAGAUAUGGUUCCCAUUAAAGAAGCUAGUAAAGGUCGAAAAGGGUAGGAUAAUCAAUAUGUUUGUGUAAAAUUAAAGUGAAUUGAGUUUUGCACAAACUGUAACCAAAACUUUUUUUUUUGUUAGAUUACUUU